AGGGUCUGGAAGAGCGGUCAACACCGAAAGGUUAUUGUGGUCUGACUGCAAAUUUCUGUUAGAGAGAGAGAGAGAGAGAGAGAAAUAGGGAUGGUGGAGAAGGAGAUGAAUGGUAAUAAUAAUAAUCAAGAGGUGACCAUAUUCAAUUCCAGAGAAAUAAACCCAAGUUCCCUAUUUCAUUCAAUCGUAGCCUUAGGGCUAUGGAUGGGCGGCAUCCAUUUCAAUUUCCUCUUAUUCUUCAUCCCGCUUCUCUUCUUGCCUUUCUCCAAAUUCCUACUCUUUUUUGGGUUGCAAUUGGUAUUGAUGUUCAUUCCGGUCAACGAAAACAGCAACUUGGGCCGACGCUUGGCCAGGUAUUUAGCUAAGCAUGUUUCCAGUCAUUUUCCCGUCUUUCUUCAUGUUGAAGACAUCAAUGCCUUUCAUGCUGAUCGUGCUUAUGUGUUUGGUUAUGAGCCACAUUCAGUUUUUCCUAUUGGUAUGGGUAUACUUUCAGAAUCUGUGGGUUUAAUGCCUCUUCCUAAAAUAAAGAUCCUUGCAAGUAGCGCCGUGUUCAUCACUCCAUUUAUAAGGCACAUAUGGACAUGGUGUGGUCUUACCCCUGCAACUAAGCAGAAUUUUACAUCCCUCUUGAAAGCUGGUUAUAGUUGUGUCUUGGUGCCUGGUGGAGUCCAAGAGACAUGUUAUAUGAAGCAUGGCACUGAGAUUGCUUUUCUUAAAAGCAGAAGAGGAUUUAUCCGAAUUGCUAUGGAGACUGGCAAACCAUUGGUUCCAGUUUUCUGCUUUGGUCAAUCACAUGUGUUCAACUGGUGGAAACCUGAAGGGAAGUUAUUCAUAAAAAUUGCAAGAACAAUUAAGUUUGCCCCGAUUAUCUUCUGGGGAAUUCUUGGAUCUCCAUUUCCCUAUCAACAUCCAAUUCAUGUUGUGGUGGGUAAACCAAUUGAGGUGAGGAAAAAUCCGCAGCCUACCAUGGAAGAGGUGGUGGAAGUACAAAAUCAGUUCAUUACAGCACUUAAAGAUCUCUUCGAGAGGCAUAAAUCACGGGUUGGCUAUCCAGAUCUUAAACUUGAAAUCAUGUGAUACUUGCAUAUGAUAUGUUGUAUUCAUUAUUUAAGAAGGGAAAUGAAAUAUAGAGCAGGUGAUAAAGCAUCAUUUGUGGCAUGAAAAUUUUGGUUGUUAGUGAUGUCAGAGUCGAAAAUGCCUGCUGAUGAAUUAACUGGAAGUUGAAACUAAUUAGGCACCCCUUGAUGCUGGUCGUCUCAACUAUGAUCAGCAAAGUUUUGCAAAUGAGCAGCAGCUUUUAUUUUGUGGGAUCAUCUUCUAUUCUUUUUGCUAGGAAAAACAUAAUCAGCCAUUGAUGAUAUUGGGGCCAAAGUAUUAUUGUUCAGAUGUACUGGAAGCUAAGAAUUAGCCAGUCAUUCCUCGUGGGGUUGGUGCUGUAAUUGAGCAAAGAGUCAUUAAUGUUAAAUCUCGACAAAAAGUCACCUUAAGUUUUAGAUUAUCUGAAGGGGAUUCUUAUAAAUUGAGCAAUAGUCGACAAGUUGUUGCUCACAAUAUGAACAUUUCGAAAUGACCCUGCGAUUGAUGAUUUUGCAUC